GCUGUAUGGCAGCACAGAUAGUCCCCGGGGGAUCACUGUAAAGGUAAACAGUCACGUACAGGGAGGGAAAAGAAAUUCUCUCCGUGUACGCAUUAGGCUGGCCAGUCUAUCUCGACAGUGCGUCAAAGGUCCCAAGACCAUCGAGGAACACGAAGACGAAGACGAAGACCUGGGCCUAGUUCCUUGCUUUAUGUACCGGGACUUGGUGGGAAUAAUUCAUAAGCUAACUCACUCUUCUUCAUUUCAACACUUGCUGACAACAUGUCUUCUAACCAUUCCGAUGCUGGAGUGGAGGCUAAAUCGCCUUAUCGUCGAGCACUUACUUCUAUUCAUCGAGAGAGUCAUGACCCACGACCUGCCACUAUCACCGGAGAGAUUCCAAAGUGGGUGCACGGCUCGUUGCUGCGUAAUGGUCCAGGGCUCUUCGAAGCUGGAGAUCAGGAGGUCGGAAGCCUGUUUGAUGGCUUUGCUCUUCUUCAUCGAUUUAUCAUCAAAGAUGGCGAGGUCUCGUAUCAAAGCAGGUACCUUGAGUGUGACGCGUACCAGCUAGCUAUGGCUGAGAAGCGCAUCGUUUUGGCUGGUUUCGGCACAGCUGUCUACAGAGACCCCUGCAAGAGCUACUUCCGACACCUCUUCUCCUACUUCACCCAGCCACUCCACGAUGCAAGCGAUAACUGUAAUGUGAACUGGUUGCACCUGGGCCAGGACCAUUUCUACGCGGUGACGGAGUCCAAUUUGAUGUGCAAGGUAGACCCGCAGACUCUGAAAAGCACAAAUAAGGUUGCUAUCACUGAUCACGUGGCUGUGAACACUGCCACUGCACACCCACACUAUGGAGACGAUGGCUAUGUGUACAACAUGGGAACCACCUUUGGGAGGAAUGUCAAGUACAGUAUCAUCAAGACGCCUAUGGCAAAAGAAGGGGACGACGGUGAACCAAUGGCAAAGUCGGAGGUAAUCUGCGGCAUACCCGCUUCGUCAUCUCUCUACCCCAGCUACUACCACAGCUUCGGACUGACCAAAAACUACAUAGUUCUCUUGGAGCAACCCUACGUGAUCAAUGUUCUCAAGUUUUUGACCUGCAAAUUGCGGGAGGUGGCUCCGAGUACCAGUCUGGAGUUCUACCCAAAACAAAAGUCCCGUUUCUAUCUUGUGCAUCUCCACACGGGUGAGGUGGUGACCACCGAGUACCUCGCCGAGUCAUUCUUUUGCUUCCACUUCAUUAACUGCUAUGAGGAAGAUGGCCACGUGGUGGUGGAUCUGUGCCGCCACGUCGAUGCCAGCAUUAUUGAGUACGCCGGUCUGGAGGCUGCACGAAACAUGGCCGCUUCGAAGGAAGAAGGCCUGCGAGUGGUGCGCUUUGUUCUGCCCUUGGACCUGAAAAAAGGUACAGAAGACUUGGUCACCAUUGCCGGCAGCCGAGCCACAGCUGAGCUGAUUGGACCGGACAAAGUAAUGUGCACGCAUGAGGAGCUGUCAGAUCAGGAAAUUGAGUUGCCGCAAAUCAACUAUGAGAAGCACAACGGCCGACCCUACCGAUAUAUCUACGGCAUACCGAAACACCUAAAACAGGUCGUAAAAAUUGAUACGAGGUCCAAAACUCACGUUUCGUGGGGUUCAUUGUCUGGGAGCUACUACCCAUCGGAGGCGGUGUUUGUUGCCAACCCUGACGGCAAGGAGGAGGAUGAUGGCGUGGUGCUAUCCCUCGUGUGUGAUGUUACUCCGGGCAAGAACCCAUUCCUUCUGGUCCUUGACGCCCGGACUCUUGAAGAGCUGGCCCGUGCUGAGGUGGAAGAAAUACCUUACGGAAUUCACGGAUUGUUUGUCAAUCAACUCGAAUAAUUGAUUGCGGAGUAUUAUGACGUCUCGCGUGUCUUGCGGAAUACUCUAGUUUGCUACCGGCAAAUAGAGUUGGUCCAAAACUGUAUUUGAAUUGUUAUUCCCUUAUUUUGCAGCCAGUCCCGUGACAAACGUAGUAAAGUUGCCGCGGUGGUGGAGGUCUCUAUAUCAACAAGAUGGAUCCAAUCCAGUCUUGGCAAAAUUGGCAGCGCUACCCAGGAAAUUCCGAGCAUACCUCACGAGCGCGAUGAUGCAUUAGGUGAAUGUACAGCCCACGAGAGUCAGAAUUUGGCUGUCAAUAUUGAUUUGAUUCUUGUCGAUAGCUACCUCGCUAAGCUUGUCACGAACCGGCUGUAUAAGGAAAGUAAAAUCCCGUCCAGUCUUGGACCACUGACCAGGACUACCGGCAAAACAAUGAUCUAUGCUAAUUAUAGGCCUACUCAUGUAAUCUUGCCGUCGUUCUCAUGGGCGUCGCCAGGAUUUUUUCUAGAGGAGGCAAAACAUACUUUCCCCGAAAAAUUCCUGUAUUUCUCAACAUAUUCUCGAUUUCUCAGUUUUAGAGGGGGGCAGUGACAUCCCCCCCAACUCAUUAAAUUUACACCA